AUGGUAAACAGAUUGUUUAGGCUUUAUAGGAUGGAUAUUUGUUUUUUACAAGAAACAAAAUUAGUUGAAGUGUCAAGGGAUAUGAUUAGUAGAAUGUGGGGCAAUGAUAAUUUUGAUUUUAGAUUUACAGCUGCUGUGGGCCGGUCAGGUGGGUUGAUAACCAUCUGGGAUAAAGCAAGUUUUAUGUUGAAAAAAGAUAUGUGUUCUAACCGAUUGAUUGUGGUUGAGGGGUUAUGGUGUUCGGAAGGGUUUGAAGGGGUACUGAUUAAUGUUUAUGGACCUAAUAUGUUGAGGGACCAGAGAUUUUUUUGGGAGGAAAUAAUUGAGAUAAGGGAACAGUUUACAAACCACUGGAUUGUGGGUGGUGACUUUAAUGCAAUUAGAAACAAGAGUGAGAGAAGUAAUUGUGUAGGUUUAUUAAGAGGUUCAAGGGAUUUUGGGAAAUUCAUAGAGAAAUGCAAGUUGGUGGAUUUGCCAUUGCUUGGGAAAAAAUUUACUUGGUUUGGCCCAGAAAAUAAGAAAAGUAGAUUAGACAGAUUUUUAAUUGAUGAAGAUUGGUUUGAAAAUUCUGAGGACUUUCAACAACAGGGAUUAAACAGAUCAAUCUCUAAUCAUAUUCCGGUACUGUUGUCUUAUGGUUCUGUGGAUUGGGGUCCAAAACCAUUUAAAUUCUUUAAUGCUUGGUUCAAUAAGAAGGAAUGUCUGAGUUUAAUUAGAAAAGAAUGGGGUGAGAUGGCGAGUAAGAAAGACAAAGUUUCUGGAAAAUUAAGGAGGCUUAAAGGUGUGCUCAAAAAAUGGGAUGGGGAGGAUAGAUAUUCUUUGGAGAGAAAAAUCACUGAGAUUGAAGAGAGAAUAAAGUCUCUAGAUGCUAUUAAUGAUGAUCGGAGUUAA